AUAGGUGUAGCUGUCGGGUGCAUAUUUCUUUUCUGGAGCUGUACAUUCUCUCUAGGAAUUCGUUAAACAUGGCAUCGGGCAAAACAAAAACCCUCGAUGAAAUCAACGAUCUAUUUUCUAUGUUUCAAGCAAUGACGGCCCUCGGAAUUUCAUUCGAAGGUUUGACGACGCUGGAGCAGAUGAAAGAAAGGAUUAGGACUGAAAUGAAUCAGUCUUUAAAUGUUCCCAAUUGGAAGGCCGGAAAGGCCUUCUCUGUCUUGUCAGAGGCAAAGGACGAAGACGCCAAGAAAAAGGAAAUUUUAAUGCGCUUUUACUCCCAAGGUGAAAAAUGUUUUUCUGAUCUGGAUGACAAACUCGAAGCUCUGGUGCGAAAGAAUAUGGGUGACGUGAGAGAGAAGAUUUGCAAACAUCAGAAUGCAUUGAAGAAGACAGAGUACUUUCUCUUAGUAGCAGGUGAAACGGGUGCAGGAAAAAGUAGUCUGGUGAACCUCAUUCUUGGCGAAGAACUUCUUCCUUACUCCUUACUAAGUACAACCUCCACCAUCUGUGAAAUGAGGUACGGACAACAACGCGAAGUUGUGGCCCACUUCAAAGACAAAGACCCUGAAACGGGAUUGCCGACGAAAACCUUCCCCCUCGUAGAACCCCCAGAAGGAGCAACUGAACAAAGCUAUCUUCAGCAGAUCUCUCCUUAUGUCCAUUUGAAGGGCGACCGCGAAAAAGGUUCAAGUUACAAGAAGAUUGAACUCUUUUGGCCUCACGAACUCUUAAGGAGUGGAGUCGUUAUCAUUGACAGUCCUGGUGUUGGAGAAUCUGAAAUCAUGGAUGAAAUAGUGACGGAGUAUCUACCUCAAGCCUUUGCGUUUAUUUACGUCGUCAAUAGUGCGAAUUCGGGAGGAGUUCAGAAAGACAGGCUAGGAAGAUUGUUGGAUGUGGUCGUCGGAAAACGAAAAGAGGGACAAGAAGAGUUCCCGGCCAGGUGCGCUUUGUUCGUGUGCAACAAGUGGGACCAAGUUCCAGAGAAAGAAAUUAAGGAGGUGAAGCGCCAUGUUGUCGCUAAAUUAAGAAAGUGCUGGCCCGGUCUUGAUCCAAGAUCACAGAUCGUCUAUAUGUCAACCAUGAACGCAAGUAAAGCUCAAAGCUACGGGAUCAUUACCAGAGAUUUUGUUUCGUUUAUGACCGGUAUGAGGUCUAUGGUAUUAAAGAGCAUUGAGGCUAGAUUGGAAAUUCAUUGGAGGUGGUUAGACGAACUUUUCUCCCGGAUGAUUUACCACGCAACGGCCUUUGUGAACAACGCCUCAAAGGAUCAUGAGAAAGUCGCCCAAAGGAUGGCCGUAAUUCGUGAUCGUUUAAUGCGAUUGGAAACAGAACAAAGUCAAGUGAUCGAAGACCUCCGCAGCCAUCUGAAAGAUCGCACCGAUAAUGCUUUAAAGGAGCUCUCCGUUUAUCUCAAUUCGGAUAGGGUAAAAUCGCGUUUCACCUCUUGGACCUUGGAUGAAGUCCCAAAAGCAGAAUCCUCUUGGGAAGUGAUUAAAAACAACGUUACACAAGCAUUAAGAGGCCGACUGCACGAUAUCUUAGAGCAUUGGGAAGAGGACAUGCAUGUGUUCGCAAAUGCACGUGAGUCCCUUCUACAACGUUUUCAGCACAAGUACAAUGUCUUCGAAGAGGAACUCCGAAAUCUCCAGAGCGCUGUCACAUCGGACGAAGUCUUGCCAGAAGGAGAUGCCCCUGAAGAAGAAAGUCUAUUUACCUUGAGGGAAAAAGUUGUCAUCGGUGUCACAAGUCCACUAUGGGUUCCCCUUGGUGUCGUUGCUGUAGUGAUUGGUGCCCCUGUAGUCGGUAUAUUGGCCAUUAAGAAGAAGUUUGAGGAGAAAAGCAAAAUCAGAAAAUACGAGAAGAACAAGUGUGCAUUCAUGGCUGAGGCGUCAGCAGAUUUCUUGAAUGAUGUACUAUUAGACGAAUAUGCACUCAGGAACUUCGUGAAGGGCCAACUAAAAGAUGCAAAAUUGUGCCUCAGGCAAAUCGAGGCCCGCAUUCCAGAGCUGAUUCAGGCUGACCUCAUGUUGUGUAAACAACUUAGUGAUGAGACGCGCUCCAAGGAAGUGAUAGUGGAUCUCUACAAACCAAUGUUAGAUGAAGCCUUGAAUAUUCGAGGUGAGCUUUCCAUGUUUGUGGUGAGAGAUGUCCGUACGUUUGGUGUCAAUAGCCUGAGUUUAGACUGGAAAGAAGACAAACCCCUUGGCUGUGGCUCGUUUUCUUCUGUUUACCAAGGAAAAAUGAAAACUGAGACCGGAGAAGAGAUAAAUGUGGCUGUAAAGGUUUAUCACGAGGCUCUUAAUGUUCAGACUGCUGGACUCGUCUCGAAGGAGGUUGAUAUUUUGAGGAAAUUACAGCAUCAAUACAUUGUAAAGUUUUACGGCACAUCCCUUCUUGACACAGAAAGCAGCUGGACCAGGGUGAUGCUUGUUAUGGAACACUGCAAAAGUAAUUUAAAGAGUUACAUCUUUCAGAAUCCUGACAAAGUUCCAGCAAACUCCAAAAAUCCUGCUGACAGGAGCGAAACUUUUCGGUGGGCAACCGAGAUUACUGGUGCUCUUGACUAUAUUCAUAAAGAAGGAUUUGUUCACAGGGAUCUUAAGUUGGAAAAUAUAUUGCUGGCAGAGAAUAAUACGGCAAAGAUUGCGGACGUUGGUGUUUCCAAAGGAGCACAGGAGAUCACCGGUACUCUAGCAGGAACCCCUGUGUACAUGGCACCGGAAGUGUAUCACUCGAGACGUUAUGGCUCCAAAGUGGACAUAUACAGCUUGGGGAUUGUGUUCUGGGAGAUGUGGUAUGGCUUGCAUGCUUUCAGUGAGCUCAGGUCUCUAACUCCAAUCCAAUUCUUUGAGCGAGUGGAGCAAAACCAUCGGCCAAAAGAUGUGGAAGGCUGCUUUACACCUCCAUCUCGCUGGAAAGAAAUGAUGGAGAAUUGCUGGAAAACAGACCCGCAAGAACGCCAAACAGCUGAGUGGUGCAAUAGAGUGGCUAGUGACCUUCAUAAUGCGUCCUUAAAAAAACAGUGACAUUCUAGAAAACUGGCAAGUCCUUGGAAAAAAUUGUAGGAAAUCAAUAAUUUACAGUGAGUGAUGAGACUGUGAAUUCGAUGAAACCCGCCAAGUUUUUUUUCAAAUCAAAAUAAUUUUUGCUUAUAAACUCGCAGUAGCAUCGAAACAUGCAUCAGAAAUAAUGUAUCAAUGAGUUUAUUUUCGUGAAAUGUAUAAAUGUUCCGUGGAAACUGAUCAAUUAUCAAUAGUGAAUUUUGUACCAAUUUUUUUCUUGGUUUUUCUUGUCGGUAUGAACAUUAAUGUGACGCCGAGGUACAAGGAGAUCUGCUUUAAUUGAAAUAGUCAGAAAGAAUGUGUCUUCAGCUUGUCGCCUGUACAGCUGUUAGUUCCAUACUGGAAACUGAUCUCUGUAUUUUGAAGAGAUAAAGUGAUAAAAUAUGUGUGUAAGUUAGGUGGCAAAUGCAUGGGGCUGGUACAUUUUAGUUUUUAGUAUAGACUAGUGGUUAUUUUUGAGAUGGCUACUAUACUACGUUUACAUUUGAAGACUUUAAAAACGUAUAAAUUACAAAGGGGGACAGUUUUAGAUUUCUGUUAACCAGGCAUCUACUGCAUUAUGACAGUAGUGAUCCUGGUGCCAAAUCUUAUGUUACACAGACCUAGUAAUUAAGCGUGAAGUCUUAAAUAUCGAUUAUGCAGUGUAUAUCCUUAUGAAAUGACAAUUUCAUUUGCACUCUUAAAUCAAGUUGUAACAGCAAAUGUUCUAGCUUAGACUUGAACAAAGGAGUUUUUUUCAAAGGAUUUAUUAGUGUCCUCUUAUUGUCUGGGAACUUGCUGGGAUGUUGGAGGAAAUCAGUUUGAAAGCAGAAUUCAUUUUACCCACGCUUUUGAUAUUACUAUUAUGUCACCUGUGUACCUCAAACUUUUAUCUUGGAAUUCAAGGAAAGUUUCACGGGGAUAGGGGGCGCGCAGGAUAGGGUUUACUCACAAAUUUAGGAGAAUUAAGCUCCGAGGUUAUUUAUUUCCAAAAUUCUGAAACUCAGUAUCUUUACAUUUAUUUUAAGUAUGUACCAAUAACAAUGUAAGCGAUAGACGAUUAUAAAACAGAGCCUGUAAGAUGAAAGAAAAACUUCUGACUAUCUAGGGAUCGCUAAUGCCUUUUUCAGUUUCUUAUUGAGAAGUUUUUUUCUUUAUCAUAGUGGAAAAUGGAAUCCGCUUACAUUUGGUCCAAAAAAAAUGAGAACUGCCCGCUUGUAAUAGCCAUAUUAAAACAUCUUCCAGGA